AUGAAACUUCAUCUUUCCCAUUUAGUACAAACUGCUUCUAUAACUCAAAACCCAUUUCACAGCAUCGCUUCCCUUUUGCAAAAAUGCAAUAGCAAAGGUCAGCUACUUCAAAUCCAUGCCCAACUGAUCACGACCGGACUCAUUCACAAUCCUCCAUUAGCAAGCAAACUCAUUGCAUCUUUUUCAUCAUUUUCCCUCCCGUACACAAUUUCUACUGCCCAUGCAAUUGCCAAGCAAGUAGAUGGUCUAGAUACUUACACGUGGAACUGCAUUGUUAGAGGUUAUUUGAAUGGAAAUAAUCCUAAAGAAGCUUUUUUAGUUUAUUCUCAUGUGAGAAGUGAAGGACUGAGGGUGGAUAGUUAUACCCUCCAUUUUGCUACUAAGGCAUGCGUGCUUAUGCGAGCGAAACUUGAAGGAAAACAGGUUCAGAGCCAAAUAUGUAAACUGGGUUUUGCAUCUGAGAUCAUGGUUCAAACCGCUUUGCUUAGUAUGUAUAGUAUGUUUGGUGAGCUUAGUUACAUGCGACAAGUAUUUGAUGAAACGCCUCAAAGGGACCUAGUGAUGUGGAAUUCUGUUCUCGCUGCAUAUGCUCAAUACAAUUUCCCUUAUCAAACACUUGCAUUUACUCGUGCUAUGGUGAGCAGUGGUGUAAGACUUAAUGGGGUGAGUUUAGUCAGCGUGCUAUCCUCGUGUUCAUCUUUGGAGACCUUACUAGAGGGAAAGGCAAUCCAUGGGUACGUGAUCAGAAACCUUACUGAUAUUGAUGUUUUCGUUUACAAUGCUUUCAUAGAUAUGUAUUCAAAGUGUGGAUCUUUGUCGAAUGCUCAUCGGAUAUUUCACAUAAUGCCCAUAAGAAAUUUGAUUUCCUGGACUUCAAUGAUGAAUGGUUACUGCUAUAACAAUUGUCUGAAUGAAGCACUGCAUCUGUUUAAAAAAAUGGAAUGUGAAAAUAUUACACCAGAUGAGGUUACCAUGCUGUGUAUCAUCACAACGUGCACCAAGUCAGGAAGCUUUGAACUUGUAGACUGGAUUGACCAUUACGUUGAGAAAUAUGGGAUUGGAAAAGGGAGUAUAACCAUGUCAAAUGCUUUAAUGGACAUGCAUGCCAAAUGUGGGAAUAUCAAGAAAGCUUGUCAAAUUUUUGAUGGGAUUGCAGAGAAAUCAAUGGUGUCAUGGACUACUAUCAUACACGGGCUAGCGAUGCACGGGCAUGAGAAACAGGCUUUCCUUAGAUUCUGUCAGAUGCAAAGGGAAGGAUAUAAACCAGAUGAAAUUGUCUUCCUAAGUGUCUUAACGGCUUGCAGUCAUGCCGGCAUGGUUGACGAGGGGCUCAAAUGUUUUUCUUCAAUGAUGACUGAUUAUGGCAUGAAACCGUCAAUGGAGCACUAUGGUUGUAUUGUUGAUGUACUAUGCAGAGGUGGAUUGAUUAAUGAGGCUUUUGAAUUCGUUCAGAAAAUGCAGGAUAAACCAGAUAUAAUUAUAUGGAGGAUGCUGCUUGUAGCUUGUAGAGUACAAGGAGACAUGAACUUAGCAAACCAGAUUAUGAAUCAUUUGCAUGAAAUGGGACCUAGAAACAGUGAAGAUUUUGGGAUAUUAUGCAGUUUACAUGCUAUGGUAGAUCAAUGGGAUAAUGUCAAAGAUAUAAGAACAGAAAUGAAAAUCAGAGGAGUGGUAAAGAAUCAUCCUGGUUACAGUGCCAUAGACAUAGAGGCAUUUUAA